CUGAAGUUACCAAAAUCAAGCGAAAUGUCAACAAUGUCAAAAUUUGACAAGAUAAUUUCUCGUACUGAUGUGGCUUUCAAAAUCUGAUUUUCCACUUAAAAUGGCCAAGUCGUGAUAGUUACCCCAAAAAUGGCGUAUCAGACCUUACGAAACGAAUACCUGCAUAUGCCCCCCGUGACAAGGGCAUACACGACAGCAUGUGUGAUAACAACCCUCGCUGUUCAAUUAGAAUUGGCGUCGCCGUUUCAGCUGUAUUUCAACCCCAUCCUGAUACUGAAACAGGGCCAAUUAUGGCGACUAGUCACAACAUUCCUAUUUUUUGGAACUUUUGGUUUUAAUUUUUUCUUCAACAUGAUUUUCACUUAUAGGUACUGUAGGAUGCUUGAGGAGGGGUCGUUCAGGAACAGGACGGCUGAUUUUGUGAUGAUGUUCCUGUUUGGAGGCGUCUGCAUGAUUAUUUUUGCAUUUUUUGUUAACUUAUUAUUUCUGGGACAAGCCUUCACAAUAAUGCUGGUUUAUGUGUGGUCACGGCGCAAUCCUUACGUUAGGAUGAACUUUUUCGGCCUUUUAAAUUUCCAAGCUCCUUACUUACCUUGGGUUUUAUUGGGGUUUUCGCUCUUGUUGGGAAAUGCAGUCUAUGUCGAUUUGAUGGGAAUUGCAGUGGGACACAUUUAUUAUUUUAUAGAGGAUGUUUUUCCAAACCAAAGAGGGGGUUUUAGGAUACUUAAAACGCCGCAUUUUAUGCGUACGCUAUUUGACGAAAUACCUGAAGACCCGGACUACGCCCCCCCGCCUGAGGAGCGGCCCGGGGGGUUCGACUGGGGUAACCAGAAUCAGGAGGUGAAUCCCGAAGAGAAUCGUCAGUGAUACCAACCCUAGCCAGUGUAAAAUACCCCCAAAAAUUAAUUUGUAAUACUUGUUUAUUAAUAAAAGAAUUUAUCAUAGCUA